AUGAAAUUCCAAACCCCCGCUCUUCUUCUUCCAACCCUUGCGCUGGCCGCCAAGAGAUCCGAUACAUGGGGCGGAAGCGUCUCUCGCGGCCCGUCGAAGUCGACUAUCACUAAUGCUGUGACGACGCUUAUUCUCGGUGCUGCGCCGGCUACGCAGAAUGGUGUGCUGUUCCUCUGGCCUGGGAUGAGCAACAGUACUGGUGAUCUUGUUCAGACGACGCUGGAGAGCUGGGCUAGCAAUGAUUGGUGUGGUGCAAAGUCGGGCGAGUGGUGUGUGUGUGCGAGUUUGUUCGGUAGCUUUGGACAGUUGGAUGGCAAUGCUUCGCCUGUUGGGGGUGAUGAUCAGCUGCGGAUUGAGUAUACUUUGCUAGAGGAUAAUGACACUUGGUUGCAGGAUGUCACCAACGCGAAGACAGGAGUCGUCCUGUCUACCAUCUCGCAUAAGUCCGGUCCUUACAUGACUGGCUACGGAACUGGCACUGAAUGCAACGAGGAUUGCACCAGGACCAUUGCCGCCCAGAAAUACGUGGACACGAAAAUCACCCUGGCGGAGGCUGACGAGACUUUCGGUAACACGAUCUCUUCCGCUGGUGGUGCGACAUACUCUGGGUUGACUUCCAGUGAGGGUGGUAAGAUGUGGCAGAUUAAGUCCAUUAAUGUUCCUGCCAUGUCGUAA